AUGGUCAAACCAACACGGAGCUCUAGGCAUUUGGCUAGUAGUGACGACGAAAACGAGACAUCGAGCCGUCGCUCCAGAAGGCAGGUCUCGUACCUUGAAGACUCGGAAGAUGAGAAUUUUGACGCUCCAGCACAACCCAAGGAGGAGCCCGAGGUGAAGGACGAGUUGGAACCUGAAGAGCCCGAAGAACCUGAAUCAGCACCAGAAGAGGAUGACGCUAAAGACGAGGAUUUUGACGAUGAAGACGAGAUUAUUCCUACGAAAAGACUGCGGGCUCAGAGUCGAAGACUGUCGAAACGCCUCAGGCUGAAUGCAGAUGGAGAGGACUCAGACUUCAAGGAAGACGAGCUCAGUAACGAGUCAGAAAACGAAAGCGAUGCUUUUGAAGAAGAUGACGCUUUUCUUGAAAGGCUACGAGAGAAGCAAUUCAUUGCGCCAGAGGAGGAUGGCGAGGACGACUACUACGGCUACAGCUCCACAAGCAAAAACAGACUGAGACGAAAGCCCAAAUCCAGAUCGCGGCUGGCCGAGCCACGAAGAUCCAGAAAACGCCUUACGCGUGCUGACGACCUUGAAGACGAGGCAGAGGAGCAGGAGGACGACAUCAACCAGGAAAUCAAGGACUUGUACGAUCUGUCACCAGAGGAAGAGAGUCCAGUCAAGCAUAAGCUCAGAGAGCGUGGAGAGAAGGUCGACUACACAAUCCCACCAGCUAUUCAGAAUGAUCACGAUUUGGACGCCUUGAGUGCGGCCAGAUUCGCUCCACCUCCCAAGAGAAACAGAAAGAACGUGGGCAAUAAGAGCGAUUUCAGAAAGUUGCUUUUCCCCACCGCAGGUCCAUUCGGCGGAAGCGAUGUCAUCUCCCUUUUGGGCCAGAACAUCCCUCCUGGUGGUAUCCCCAUCCCUGGAAUGCCAGCGGAUGCCCGCAAUAGCAUGAUUGGUGGAAACGAGUCCGACUCCUCUGAUGACGAAUUUGUACCUUCUUCUGGCGCAGGUACCCAGCCUAGACCCUCUGUGAGUGGCUCAAUGGGUAAAACGCCUUUGACAGCUAACAGUGCUGCUCCGGCUCCUUCUGGGAUGCUCAACAAUACAAAAGUUGUCGGUGCAGAGGCAUUGGGAGAUAAGGGCAAGAAGAAGAAUAGUCUCAGUGACACCGAUCCUCUUGGCGUCGAUAUGAACAUCGACUUUUCUGCUGUCGGAGGUCUCGAUGGCUACAUUGACCAGCUUAAAGAAAUGGUGGCUUUGCCUCUUCUAUACCCUGAGUUGUACCAAAACUUCUCAAUCACACCACCUCGAGGAGUUCUUUUCCACGGUCCUCCCGGUACAGGUAAGACGUUGAUGGCCCGAGCUCUCGCUGCAAGCUGCUCUACUCCUUCUAGAAAGAUCACUUUCUUCAUGCGUAAAGGUGCAGACUGUUUGAGUAAGUGGGUUGGUGAAGCCGAGCGUCAAUUGAGGUUGCUUUUUGAAGAGGCCAAGAACCAGCAGCCCUCGAUCAUCUUUUUCGAUGAAAUCGAUGGUUUGGCUCCUGUGCGUUCCUCGAAGCAAGAACAAAUCCAUGCCAGUAUCGUCUCCACUUUGCUUGCACUUAUGGACGGUAUGGACAACAGAGGGCAGGUCAUUGUGAUUGGUGCUACCAACAGACCUGACUCUGUGGACCCAGCAUUGAGAAGACCAGGUCGUUUCGAUAGAGAGUUCUACUUCCCCCUUCCUGACUUGAGCGCCAGAGAACGGAUUUUGAAGAUCCACACACGCAAGUGGGAGCCUCCAUUAUCUCCAGUCUUUGUCGAGAAAAUUGCAGGUCUCACCAAGGGAUACGGUGGUGCUGAUUUGCGUGCACUUUGCACGGAGGCAGCUUUGAAUUCGAUCCAAAGAAAGUACCCCCAGAUUUACCGUUCUACCGACAAGCUCAAAGUGGACCCUACCAAGGUCAAAGUUAUUGCUAAGGAUUUCAUGAGAGCAAUUGAGAAGAUUGUGCCAUCCAGUGCUAGAUCGACAUCGACCGGUUCUGCACCUCUUCCUGAGCGUUUACAACCUAUUCUUCAAGGCUCUCUUGAUCAAAUUGUAUCCAAAUUGAGUGCUUUGCUUCCAGAUUCUGUGAGCAUUGGCGGCAAGAAGAAACUUACCAAUCUCGAGGACGCCAUGUACUUGGACCCAACAAUUCAUGAUGCCGAUGGUGGCUUUGGAAAACAGGAGCUUCUCAAGAGUUUGGAAAGUUCUCGUAUUUGCAAGCCCCAUUUACUUAUAUGUGGUGAAUCAGGUGCUGGCCAACAGUACCUUGGUGCUGCCAUUCUUAACGUACUUGAAGGUUUCCAAGUGCAAAAUCUAGAUCUUGCCACAGUGUUCGGCGAUGUCACAAGAACCCCGGAGCUGUGCAUUGUUCAGACCUUCAUCGAGGCCAGGAGGCACCAGCCUUCGAUCAUUUUCAUUCCAAACAUCGAUACAUGGUUCGAUGUGAUGACACACUCAGCAAAAGCAACUCUUGCCGGCUUACUUCGAAACUUGAAGAGUAAUGAAAAGAUUCUUUUGCUUGGAAUGGCCGAGAGACAGUUUCACGAGUUGGAGUCUGAUAUCAAGAUCACCCUUGGAAUCCUGGGUGACAGCAACAAUGUCUUUUUGGAAAAUCCAAAUGCAGAGUCGAGAAGGAAGUUUUUCCAAACCGCAGAGAAUGCGUUGAAGAUGAAACCAUUCGAGUUCCUCAAUGACUUGGCGAAUAGGCCAAAGAGAAAAUUGAAAGAGCUUCCGGUUGUUCCUUCAGAGACAGUGAGCGUGGCUCUGCUAGGCAAGAAGCGUGACAAGCAGCAGGAGUACGAGGACAAGAGGUUGAAGAAUUUGUUGAAGAUCAAGCUUGCUGGUUUAAUGGAUCUUUUCAAGAACCGUUACAAGCGUUUCAGAAAGCCAAUCAUUGACGAAAGCUACUUGCACCACUUGUACGAGCCUUCUAUUUUGGAGAACCCCAUGAUCACAUACGAAGUGGCAUACAUCAUUUCCGAAGACCCAGAACACCCCAACAUGAUCAAGGAAUUGAAUACCGGCAAAUUCUUCUACAAUAUGGAUUUGGAUACAAUUGAAGAGAGAAUCUGGAACGGUUUCUACUCAGAAGCGAAACAAUUCCUCAAGGACGUUAGAAUGAUUGUGAAGGACGCUUUCAAUUCUGGCGACAGGGAAAGAAUUCUCAAGGCUAACGAGAUGAUGACCAAUGCCCAGUUUGGAAUUGACGACUUCAACAAUCCUGAAUUCGCCAAGGCCUGUAGGGACCUUAGGGCAAGGGAAGUUGAGAAGCAGGCCAAGCUUGUGGAGGAUUACAAAAAGCUUAAAGAGGAGUUUGAAAAGACGCAAGCUGCUAAUGCUCAAGCCGAAACUGAGCUCAAUGGACCUGAACCUGUUCGUCUUCUUGAAGAUGUAGCACCACCUAAGGACCUCGACUCCAAUGGCCACGCUCUUGAGAAUACCGAGGAGCCUAGGGAAGACAAUAAGGUGGACAACGAGGAACCGAAGGAAACUGGCGCAGAGGAAUCAAAGGAAGAUGGUGCAGAAGAACCAAAGGAAACUGUCACAGAAGAACCAAAGGAAAACGGCGAAGCUGAAGAGAAGACACAGCCUACUGAAGAGGCAGAGCAGACCACCGAGCCACAGCAAUUCCCUGCUUCAGCGGACGCCAUGGAUGUGGAUCCAGUCUCGGAAGAAAAGAAGGUUGUGCUCACAACGGCACCUGAAGAACCAGAAAGUGAGUCUGAGGCAGAAGGUGAAUUUGCUGUUGAUGCCAGCCGCCAAUUGACUAUUCCUCCAGAAGCCGAGGCGUUCUUUGAGCAGCGCAUGGUGGAACUCACCGAGGGAUUCACGGUGGAAAAGCUCGAGUUCGCCAUGGCCAAGCUUAUGGACAUCAUCUGGGCCGACCGCUCCCAGUGGGACAAGACAUCCACCGUGGAGAAGCUUCAGCAGACCGCCACGACCUUGGGGCACUACAUGUAG